CGGCGCACACCGCUCGCGAUGAGCGAUACGGCGCGGCGCGGCAACGUCGCGCUAUGAAGUGUGAGCUAUCGUCUCACUCGCUCAGUAUAGCUAACGCCUCGCUUGGGGGCACGCGCGUUAUCGCAAACAUCCCAAACUAUCACUGCAAAUAUGAAUAACGAUAAAAUGAACACUAGAGAGUAUAGAGAGAAACUGAUUGACGAAGUGAAGAAAUACCCCGUUCUCUACGACACGAGACAUGAGAACCAUCGCGAUAUCGACGUGCGGGACCGCUGCUGGCUGGAGAUAUCGGAGCGACUCAACGCCAAUAGCGAAGUGUUGAAACGCGAGUGGAAGAUCCUACGCGACUCCCUGCGGCAGUCCCUCAAGAAGACCACGAAAGGCGCCACCACGAAGGCCGGGGCUCCUUGCAAGAAGUGGCGCUUUCAGAACCGGAUGGCCUUCGUCCUGCCAUAUAUGACUAUGAGAAACCGACGUGUGGUCAAAGAUGACAUAAAAAUAGACGAAGCUGAGAUCCAAUCGGACCAGGAUCAAGAGUCGGAGCCGUGGGACCCUGGGAACGACCAGGAUUCCCUAGACCUGUUCUUUGCUAGUGUCUGCCAGAGCACUAAACGACUACCCAAGAGACUGCAGAGCCAGGUCAAGAGACAGGUGCUGGAUGCGCUGUUGAGGGUAGAGGAACAGUGGGAAGGAACUGAAAGCAAAUCAGGAUUGCAUUGCUGAUCUUUAAGUGUAAGAGGUUGCUACAUCACAUUAUGUUGAGCUAUUUAGUAUAAGACAAUUAAAGCUAUAAGUUUGAAUUAGUAAAACUGCCUGUUAAUAUAAAAGUUAGGUUAAGCUUUGAGUAUUCUUUGUGUCGAAUCUGUGUCCUCCUGUGGGGUAUGGGGCAGGUACACAUGUAUUUUUGGGGUUGAUUUAAUUACGGCAUUUUUGUACGCCCUACCAGACAAAGACUGUUAGUAAUUAAUCUAAAGCGGCAAUAUACUUUUGUUCGAACUACAUUUCCAUUUACCUAUUAACUUCAUUAAUAAUAUAGGAUCGGUAUCGCUAAAGAUUACUUGAAAUUUAAACAAAUACUUAUUAAAAUUUGUUUGCAAUUGAUAGUUUAAAUUGUGUAUUGUUUCUUUAUGAUGUACUAGCUGCGCCUCGCGGUUUUACCCGCGUAGGAACCCCGUAGGAAUAUCGGGAUAAAAAGUUUCCUAUAUGUUAUUCUAGUUGUCC